AUGAAACUGAAAGAAACCUCCACAUUGACCUCCUACCUUCCACUUUUAGAAACCUCCACAUUGACCUCCUACCUUCCACUUUUAGAAACCUCCACAUUGACCUCCUACAUUCCACUUUUAGAAACCUCUACAUUGACCUCCUACCUUCCACUUUUACAAAUCUCUACAUUGACCUCCUACCUUCCACUUUUAGCUACCUCCACAUUGACCUCCUACCUUCCACUUUUAGAAACCUCCACAUUGACCUCCUACCUUCCACUUUUAGAAUUCUCUACAUUGACCUCCUACCUUCCACUUUUAGAAUUCUCUACAUUGACCUCCUACCUUCCACUUUUAGAAACCUCCACAUUGACCUCCUACCUUCCACUUUUACAAAUCUCUACAUUGACCUCCUACCUUCCACUUUUAGAAACCUCCACAUUGACCUCCUACCUUCCACUUUUAGAAACCUCCACAUUGACCUCCUACCUUCCACUUUUAGAAUUCUCUACAUUGACCUCCUACCUUCCACUUUUAGAAACCUCCACAUCGACCUCCUACCUUCCACUUUUAGAAACCUCCACAUUGACCUCCUACCUUCCACUUUUAGAAACCUCCACAUCGACCUCCUACCUUCCACUUUUAGAAAUAUCUACAUUGACCUCCUACCUUCCACUUUUAAAAAUCUCUACAUUGACCUCCUACCUUCCACUUUUUGAAACCUCUACAUUGACCUCCUACCUUCCACUUUUAGCUACCUCCACAUUGACCUCCUACCUUCCACUUUUAGAAACCUCCACAUUGACCUCCUACAUUCCACUUUUAGCUACCUCCACAUCGACCUCCUACCUUCCACUUUUAGAAACCUCCACAUUGACCUCCUACCUUCCACUUUUAGCUACCACCACAUUGACCUCCUAA